AGGAUUUUCCAGAAACUGCACAGAUCAGCACCAAAGGAGGAUUCAUCAAAAUCGCAUCGUUCUGGUUGCUCCGUAUCUAGUAGGACCCACACAAUGUGGGUUGUAUAGUAAAUGACACGUGGCGCUAACCCAGAGGCACGGAACAAACGUUGCCUUCUCGUUCUUCCUCCCUGUCACGGGGGAAAGACAGAGAAGAAGAAAACAAAACGAGAGAAAAGUGAUGAACAGUGAGUCUCCCAUUGGUUGGUGCGCUGAGUUCGUUCACGCGUGAGGGUAAAACGAAUGAGAAAGUUGUGGGUAAACCAUUUUUCAAAGUCAGAAGCAAACGACGGAGAAGAAGGAACGUUUCUUUUUCCAUUAUUUGAACCCGCUCCUUUAGACUCUCGGGUUUUUUAUUUUUAAAAUUUCUGUUCAAUGUGGACACAGAGAAUCCUCUUUUGAUCCAUUUGUCUCUCCUGUUAUUUCACAAGGGGUAAACAAAGUUUCAAAAUUUUGCUUUCCUGAUAAGAAAAUUUGAAUCCUUGAUUCUCUUUCUAAGCAUUUGAACGAGGAGAAUAGGCAUCGGAGUUUGGUCAUCCGGUCUUCGUUUGUCGUGGGCAAAAUCAGAUUUUGCUUUGUGGGCUUUGAUCCUUUCCUUGGAGAAGAGAGGAAAUCUUGGGUUUUUCCCCAAAAAAAAAACAUCGGAAUUUGGUAAUUAGGGGUUUUCAGAUCGAGAGGAUGAUACGGUGGUGGAUGACAUCGGCUCUUCAGUUGACGGAGCUAUUCGUGAGCUCUGUGGUUCAUUUGAUGUAUGGGUUUUAUAUUUUCAGUUCUGCCGUCGCCGGUGACAUUUUUCAGACGUUGAACGAUCGCGCCUUCAAGCCUAACGCCGACAUUCUGGUCAAAGACGUUGACCAAGUAAAGACAACUCCGACAACAGACGUCAACGAUUUGCCUCCCAUUGUUUUGGUCCAUGGAAUUUUUGGGUUUGGUAAAGGGAGGUUAGGUGGUUUGUCAUACUUUGCUGGUGCCGAAAAGAAAGACGAUAGGGUUUUAGUGCCUGAUUUGGGAUCAUUGGCGAGUAUACACGAUAGGGCUAGAGAACUGUUCUAUUACCUGAAAGGUGGACGGGUCGAUUAUGGGAAAGAACACAGCAGGGCUUGUGGGCACUCGCAAUUUGGCCGAAGCUACGAAAAAGGGGAAUAUUCAGAAUGGGAUGAAGACCACCCCAUACAUUUUGUUGGUCACUCUGCUGGGGCUCAGGUUGUCCGUGUACUGCAGCAAAUGCUCGCGGACAAGGCGUUUAAGGGUUACGAGAACACAAACGAGAACUGGGUUUUGAGUGUUACGUCGUUGUCUGGUGCAUUCAACGGGACUACGAGAACAUACUUGGACGGAAUGCAGCCAGAAGAUGGAAGGACCCUGAAACCCAUAUGCCUACUUCAGCUAUGCAGACUUGGAGUCAUAAUGUACGACUGGCUCGACAUUCCCUGGCUCAAGUCCUACUACAGUUUCGGGUUUGAUCACUUCAACAUGUCGUGGAAGAAAUCUGGACUGCGCGGCCUUGUGAACUGCCUGCUCGGAAACAGCGGCCCGUUUGCAUCUGGUGAUUGGAUCCUGCCCGACCUCACGAUCCAAGGAUCCAUGAAACUCAACGCAAGUCUCCGGACGUUUCCAAACACGUUCUACUUCAGCUACGCAACGAAACGCACCCGAAAACUGAUGGGACUGACUGUUCCUUCUGGCGUUGCGGGAAUUCACCCCUUGCUUUUUAUCCGAGUUUUGCAAAUGAGCCAAUGGCGUUUUCCUCCGGAUGUUCCGCUUCCGUAUAAAGGCUACAGAGAUGAAGACUGGCAGGACAAUGACGGAGCACUGAACACCAUAUCCAUGACUCACCCGAGAAUCCCACUCGAACAUCCCUCCCUCUUUGUUUCCAGCGACUCUGACUGUCUCCCGUUGCAACCCGGCAUCUGGUACUACAAGGUCGUGGAGGGAGAUCACAUAAUGUUCAUAGUGAACAGGGAGCGAGCUGGUGUUCAGUUCGACCUGAUCUACGACAGCAUCUUCGAAAGGUGCAGAAAACAUGUCUUCAGAAAGUCUCCUCAGGCAGUUCCGAACGAAUCUCUGCUUCACUGAACAUUCCGUACUGUUUUUUGUAGCUCUGUAGAAGAAGCCUCAAGGCUGAAUCCACAUAGACUCAUUACAGAAACCAUAAUAAGACCCAAGUACGUUAAAAAAAAAAGGUGUAAAGUUGCAGAUGUAGCAAGUCUUGUAGUUGUUGCAGCCUAAGAGAAUCUAGCUCAAACAGAAGGUUUGCCACAUGGGCCUGGUCUUGGGUCUGGGCGUGGACCCGUUUUCCACGUGACCUCGGUCCCCGAUAAUGAACCAAUUUUCUCCA